AUGUCCCGAGUCACAUGCUAUUCUAAGACGCAAGCCGCCUUCUACAUAUUUCCCUUUCCAGACCGUCACGUCGAUUCACUCAUGUCGUACUCUCGUCCAUCGAGUUACUACGAGGACAUGCACGGUACAUCGACAACCAUUCCCAACCAAGUUCAGACGGGAUAUUCUCAGAUACAUACUAUGGCGUUCGGCUUCUCAUCAGGUCUACCUCACGGACAGCUAAGGUCAGACUCCAUAGAAGUGGAACUCGAGAAUAAAGAUCUUUGGGACAAGUUCCAUGAAAUAGGGACGGAGAUGAUCAUUACGAAAACGGGACGGUAAGAUGAGACGAGACAAAGAGUACACUUCAUUAUUCCAACUUCAAUAAGUCGUGUGUUGAUAUUUCCGCCCGAAAUGAUGCCAAACACUGUUCGCAGAUUAAAACCCCAGCCGGGAAAGACUUGAUUUUCGUCAUGGCCCUUUUCCCCUGUCCGUCGAAUCUGAAACUGGUUUUUGCCAUGCUAAACACCCCCAUUUUGUGGAAGUGUAAUGGGAGGUCGAAGCAAACAAAUAAUUAUACUUGUAGACUUUGACAGCGCUGUCGUAAAAUACAUAUGCGAUAAGAGUUCAUGUUUCAACAGUCAUCAUUUAAACUGCACUCGAUUUACGUAGCUGUCAAACCCUCCAAAACGUUCUAACAAAGUGUUUAUUUCCAUACCAUUUCUAUUAGCGCCGCUGCCUUCUCGCAGCAUUGUGGAACCCUUUUCGAAGAUACUUGACAGUUUAUGAAAAUAUUAGUUUCGAUUCACGCCCGGCAUGUCAUAUGUAAAGAAACUCAUAUAGCUCAAUAAAUUGUGCGUGAAAAUACAGCAAAACGCUUAUUAUUACAGGCAAGUAAGUAGUCGGUGUAAUCUCUUCCAAAACGUUCCAUUUCACGCGAUCCGAACUGAUUUUCAAACCUGCUCUACGUGUAUGAGGCCUAGUGGGAUAAUAACUACAUAUGUCCCGCCUUGUAUGUGGCGAUACGUCUGUCAAAACCUUCACGAGUUAGUGGUACAGAAAUUGUCCAAAAGGAUUCGUUCAUGAGAGAUGAAAAUUAAAUGUAUUCUUCCUGUGGGAAGACUGCCAGUAAAAAAAAAACCUUGCGUUUUCUUCCUACAGACGUAUGUUUCCUGUGAUCAGAGUGAACAUAAGCGGCUUAAAUCCAAAGGAGGAGUACGUCUUGGUGUUGGACAGCAUUCCAGCAGAUGACAACAGGUACAAGUUUCACAACUCUGAAUGGUCAGUCACCGGUAAGGCUGAACCUCUCAUACCGACCAGAAUCUUCGUUCACCCCGACUCGCCGGGAACCGGGUCACAGUGGAUGCGACAAGUGGUUUCCUUUCAGAAGAUGAAAUUGACCAACAAUCACAUGGAUCAAAUGGGACACGUAAGUUAUCUAUUACUCAAAAGCCAUUUUAUCUCUUUUCUAUCUCCCGCUGUUAGCUUCCCUCCAUCAUUGUUCAUAAAAAUGAUUCAGUGCGAAACGGAAAGGUUACUAUGAAAUCAUAAACUAAAACUUAUUUCUGGAAAUUUCUAACAUUUACGGAAUAGUCGAAAAACUGAGACUCAAUUCUCAAAUAGAAUGCAACGCCGUAAGCUUUCACAAGCCAACCACUUCUUCUUUCGUCCACGCGCAAACUUUCAUCACAUCAUUGUUCAUUAAAUUUUGUGGGUGACGGGCUCCUUAAAGUUUUCAAAACCUAAGACUUGGCUCAUGAAUUUUCAAGACUUAAAUUGCUCAGGAAUACUUUCCUAUUAUUCAAGCGACUGUAAACUGACAUCUAACAACAGAUCUAUGUUCAAAGAAAGAAAAUCAGCAAUCUCUAUUCUUUGCUCUUGAGCUUAUCUGUUAGUGUCGUUUGGAACAAAGUAGAAAUUAUUAGGCCGUUAAUAAGGAAAGCAAUAUAAGAAAAGAAAAUACAGCCGCAGCAUCUUUAUAAGUACAUUUUGUUUUCCUUAUCUGGAUAUAACGCGCGUUCAUUUUUAUAGAAUUCACAAGGCCUUGCCACCAGAACAAUAUUUCGUUUUUAAUCACUAGACGUUUUUAGAUUAGGAUGAGCCUCCUCAAAUGUUUAGUAAUUGCACCUUUCUUCAACACUCUUCAAUUCGAAAUCUACUUCGGUAAGCCUUUAGAACAACCGUGAAACCUUCAAUCAGUUUUGAAAAGGGUAGGAUUUUGGUUUUGUUGGUCUUACAUCAGUAUUCUGAACUGCUUUGUUGAAAGGUGACAAAGAUACCGAUAUUUCAUCUGAAUUGAAAUUUCCAGAGAAUCGCCUAAACUCAAACCUUGACAACUUUGGAAAGGCGGUUUUGGACGAAAUGCGUUGAACGGGCGUGGAAUUUGCCUUAUUUCCCUCUCAAAACGAGGGAAUAGAAAACACCAGAUUUCUGGAAGCAUAAAACUGUUUUUUUUAUUGUAACUUAAAUAAUGGAGGUGUUUCGACGAGAAUAUUUGAUUUACACGGAUUCAAUAGUUAACGACAACGUAUUUUAAAAUACUGCAAGGUAUUUCUAUCCGAACACAGGGACAAUAUGAGCUGUUUCUUGCUGUGACAAAUGAAACAUUUGUUUCCACAUUUCUAUUCUCGCGACGUCUAUUGAAUGGCGUAGCAUAGAAACAAAAGACUUAAUUGCCUUUGUUAACAAACCAAAAAGCUUUAGAAAAUAGGUUUCUGGUCACAAACAACGGCUAAAAAACUCUGCUAGUAUAAUAGGGAUUUCAUUAAUGGCCUUUUUGUGAUGUACACGCUGAAUCGCAAGUUUCAGGAGGUUUGAAAACAAAGAGAAAAUAAACUUGUCUAUAGUACGAUUACGAAACGAUGUUCGCGUUUUGUGUUUCUUAUCUGAAAAGCGAUGUAAACAAGUUAACAACAGCACCAGCCACGAGGAUGAUUAACAAGUGAUUUGGUCGUCAAUUCUCCCCGCCCCUCCUAAGUGAUUGUGAAAGCUUUUAACUUCGAAAUGAAAAUCAACACUUAUGAAUCACAAUGGAUAAGAGAUGGGGUCAAACUUUGAUUGGCUCGCGAGAUAAGACUAUCAGCAGUUUUUAAAACUUCUAACUAAUGACAAACACAGUGUUUAAUUGUGAUAAAUCACAGCUAAACUCCAAAUCUUUUCCAUCCUGUUGUAAGGGGAAUAGUCGUGGAGCCCAGUUUUGGUUUGAUGUAAAAGGGAUAAAUUUCUUAAGAUCAUGCUGCGUUGAGUUCUCAUUUCUUCAUGUUCGUCCUUAAAAUUGAUUUCUCUUACUCUGACAAAAACUGAAGCCUUUACAAUCUGUUCGAUAUAAAUGUCCACCUUCGUUAGCCCUCACACUAUAGCCGAAGUAUUUUGUCAUUGUCAAGAUUCUGUUACUGAGCUGUGUAAACUUUAAUGAUAUAGGGAGAAGGUUAAAUAAUCGGGAGAGAACAUGCCUUUAAUCCAAAGAAAAAUAAUUUUAUGAAAAUAGUUUUAUUAAGUAACUCCUUUGUCGCCAACUUUUUUCUGCUGUGAAACAAAGCAGCUUACCAAACUAUUUCUUUCGCUCCCCUUCCAGAUUCGUUGGCCAGUGCUUUAUGUGACCUAGCUUAAAACAAUUGGACAUAAAUUCAAUGUUUUGAAGUGUAAAUACACAUUGAAUCAUCCUGUAACCACAAUUAAUGGGCUUCUGAAGUUCAUUCACUUUAAUCAUCAAAUCAAACGUAAAACAAACGUUUCUUUAAGGAAAUAACUCUCGCAGUACAUUUUCUGUUUUUCGUCUCAUCAUUAUCACUUUAAUUAUUCCAGCUGGAAAAACAUCAUUCACAAUGAUGGCUUUGAACAUCAACUAUGUCCUCAGGUCUUUGUACUCAUAUAAAAUCUUAGCAGAGAGCCUUCGCCUUCCCGAAAGAGAAACUAAAAACGGUUUAUGCUUGUUUUACACACUCUAGGUUAUUCUGAACUCGAUGCAUAAGUAUCAGCCACGUGUUCAUGUUAUUCCAGCGAAGGACUACAGUCCGUAUGGCUUGAGGAAGGGAUCUUUUUACACCUUCGUGUUUCCAGAGACUCAAUUCAUGGGAGUGACUGCCUAUCAAAAUCCAAGGGUGAGUUCGAGUUGUUAAUGGCUAACAGCUGAAUACAAAUACCUCAUUGAGGUAAUAAAAAAGACGAUUAGGGGUGACAAGCUGUUAAGGAAAAGUGUCUCUUUUGUACAAUGAAAUUUCUAGCUUUGCACAAUAACUGACCUAGUUUCAGAACCCAAUGACUGAGUUGAUAGCAUGCUUGAAAAUUUAUUUAUCUUUUGAUGGACCUUCAUUAUCCCGUAAAAAAGAUAUGGAUUUAACCUUGCUACAGAGUAUAAGCCUUCAAUAACUGGACACUAAAAACCUGUCCCAUUAGCACCAUUUUGAAACAUAUUCAAAAGCUAAGGUCUUUGUACAGGGGACAAGCAAAAAAGCCUAAAAUUCAUCAGCCUGAACUUAUACUACAUGCCGUGGGUGUCACAGCGAGUAUCCCUGCUCGAACAGCUACAGAAGCUAUAACUGAUAGUGUGCAAACUUUCUGUUGUGAAUUUGCAAUAGAAUUUUAAAAAAGAUUCUAAUGGGCCGAAUAUAACAUCAAAUAAAGAAGCAUGUUGUAAAAAAUCAUUUUGUAUAUUUGCGAGUAAAUGAUCAUUGAAGUACUAAGACUGGAAAUUUCAAAGCAGCUGUAUAUCUAUUUGUAAUCACUCAAAAGGAUAAUGAAAUGGAUCAAACAUCAUGGUAGCUAAGAUGGUUAGAAAUUACAUUGCGCCUUUACCCUUGCCUUUUAUUUUUUUCUUAUUAAAUUCGUUUGUGUUUUCAACAUAGGUGAUUUUACAUUAUACCAACCUACUGGUUAUUCAUUUCCGUAUGAACCCGAAGAUUGUUCCAAAAAGCAAUUCCUUCUAUUAUGACCAUCAGAGGUCUUCAUCACGUUUGGGGAAAAAUCUUCCCUUUGUUUGUACUACUGAAAAGAACCAGGUUACUUACGUUUUCGAGAUCACGUAUGGCUAUCUUAACACAGUCAACUUAACUUGAUAAAUUAUGCCGGCAGUCUCUCACGUUAUGAAAACAAAAAAACGUGGUUCUGAUUAACUGAAACACCCUCUUGUCGAUGAAAUUUAAUGGUUAGGGUUUGACAAAAUUAUAGGUUAAUUCUCACCAAGUGACAGCCGGAAAAACUAUUUCAUUUUUUCAAAUCCUACUUCAGUAUUGUCAGAUCUGCCAAAGAUAUAUUUCAACCGCUCAAAGUGGAUUGUUUACUCUUUGAACACUUCAGCAGUACGUAGACGGUACUCGCUAUUGAAGGAAAUAUGGCUUUCUCGAUGCUAGCAAUUGUCUAUCGAUGGCUUCGUGCAGUUUGCGAGCAUCGCCGUACAAAGAUAGGCUACGGAUUGGUUGACCGCUUAAAUCAUCGCAUUAACAGGUUUCCGCAUGUACUUCCCGAGUAUAUGAGGUGCAUUCACGUACAACUCUAAGCUGAAGUUACAAGUUCGCUGUUUGGCGUCGUCAUUUACUUAUUCCGGCGAUAAACAAAAACGUGUCAUCGGAAUGUUUCAUUUUUCAUAUUUAAAACUGCAAACGGGUUAUUUUCCCCUCUAAUCGAUUAAUGAAUUAUAGCGGAGUUAGACGACAAAGGGGAUUCUCCGUCCAACUAAAUCUAUAUUUACGGAAACCGCACACCAGUCAAUUAGGGACUUUUCAUGUCUAGAAAUUCGCCGAAAGAAGUUUAGAAGAAAAACAAUAGAUCUAGUACUUUCAUUGAGAAAAUUCCACAUUGAAAUUUUUUGAAGAUACGCGAUAUCUGACAAGAUCGUCUAAACUUAUUUUAGAGAAUGAGGUUAAGCUCGAGAGUCGAAUUACGGUCACUUCUCACGAGGAAAUAUUUUAACAAAUCUCUUUAAACAUAUUUUAAGGGCCAGAAAUUUCCGUGUCCCUCGCCUUUUGAAAUUAUCUUCUGGGCAUUAAGAGUUAGCUUUUUAAUUCUAGAUUAACGACCUGCAUUAAGCAAUUUCCCCGCAUCUUAAUUAGAAACAUCCGCGCAUACCUUUACUUCUCGUUUGAUGCGGUGACUAGGAGAGCACGUAGCAGGCUUAAGUCACCGACAGAGAGAAGGAAACGGCAUAAAACCUUAGCUAACACGAUUUGUAUUUAUAUCUUCUGCAGAUCACCCAGCUGAAGAUAGAAAAUAACCCGUUUGCGAAGGGUUUUCGAGGAAGUUGCAAUAGUACCAUGCAUCAUAUCGCCAUGAAAAGGUACGUGGGCGAAGGGCGGUGGAUUUAUGUUACUACUGUUUCAUCGAUUUGUCACAUUUAUUUUGAUAAGAAGUUGUUACAUAAACUCCACUCAUGUAGUGAUCUGUAGUGAGGGAUAAAAACAGGACAUUCCCCAGAUAUUCAUGUUUAGCAUCAUUUUGUUUGUUUCAAUCAUUUCGAAAUCAGAGAUUCCUAGGUUUAAAGAUAAACCAGUUACAACUUUGAAGUCGCUUUGAUCAGAUCAAAACUACUACGGCUUGUCUGCGGUUUUCCUUAAGGUGUCUCGGCUUCGUCAAGUUUCAAGUCGUUAUCACGAGUUAUGCAAGAGAGGAAGGACUCGUACUGGGGUCGUUAAUACCCGGUUAAAUCAGAUAAUACAAGGUCAAAAAACUGCGUCGGAAGCGUAGUCGGUAAAAAAAACAAAACAAAAAAAAAAGCUAGCUAAAUAUUAUCUUGAAUUUCUUAGCAUUUGGCAGGGUAUGCAUUACCGACAUUCUUUUUUAACCUUGCCGGUAUUUUGCUAUGUAGCAUUUACAGGAAGCGCUUUCUAGAUUGUAUAAGUAAAAAGUUUAAUCAAAACCGGCAAUGGAGAAAUGAAGUUAAGGGAGGAGAAAAACUGGGCACGAAGACUAGAAAUGAGAGGAACCUCACGAGAAGGGGGAAAAUUUCGCUGGACUAAACAGAGGAAAUAGGAUGGAUUCAAAGACCUGCUUUACAUGUUUUGCAAAGCUUUUGAUUGCGCUUUCUCGGGUUGUUCACCUCGCAAUGCAGAAAUUUUGUGUCCCACCGUGGUUGGUUAGUGUUUCCAACGUUUUACACUGGCCAAGCUUUUUGCAGGUUGUUGUAUCCAUCUUCAGGUGCCGUCACUCCUUUACUUGGGGCAAUUGAACUUUCCGAAAACGGAACGAACCCAGAGUCAUACAGCCGCCAACAAAUUAAAUUCGCACUUAAGAGCGCUUAAAGUGUUUAAUUAUAGCCUCUUGACUUCGGAGUUUUAUCGCACGGUACUUAUUCCAUCAUUUCGAAAUAAUCUAGUUUGCAGCUUAAUACGUCAUCACAACAUGAGACACGAGUACUUAUCAGACUUUUAAACGCUCAGCGCCAUACUUUUCCGGAACCCUUAUUUCGAAGUCCGUUUCAGAAUUCUUCAAACUAUUUUUAACAUAUGCAUAUAUUUUUUACCAUUUGCGUGAGGAGUUCAGCCUUUCAGGCAAAAUGCAAUUACCACAGAGGCAGACAGUAAAGUACCUCCUCCAAAAAAAAUUUAUAAUGAUAUAAAAUGAACUACUUUUAGACCUUACGCCGUGAUGCCAGGUAUAGAUACAGCGCAGUUUUUUCUCAUUUCAACAUCUGAUCAGAAUUCAGAAAAAAAAUUCAGAAUUUUAGAAUUUCGGGUUAUCUGAGAUCUAUUACUGUCGUUGAGGUGAACAGUUCUUCCAUUGUCAUUUUCCUCGAAUCGUGUAAACUACAAAUCUGAAUGUAUAAAUAUUUCACUUAUUUCUAGCCUUAACUAUUGCAUAGAAUCUUUCUUUAUUGAGAUGGUUUUUCUCCAUUGUUUAAUUUCAGAAAGUCCCCUGACGACUGUAACGAUGCUGAUGGUCUCUCCCUCUCUCCUGCGGGGUCUUCGUCGAGUGGCGAAUCAUGCAAACGAACCUUCCAGGACUCUCCGCCAAAAUUCCCUGAUAUCAACGACCCUUCUCCACCGUUGAUGGGGCAUACAGGUCAGAAAACACGUCUAACACAUCAAUUUUUGCCCCCGUAUUCUUUUCAUGAGGCAAAAUUUUUAAUUUCUAUGUACAACUUUCUCAUAGACCGUUUUUACAGAAACGCGCGCAUUUGGUAUUGCCAAUGAUACAUGAAAUUUGAACCUGCGAGCCAUUAAAAUCCCGCAGUUCCUCUAGAGGUCACCUGCGUGAAAAUGUUACUUUAAUCAUUUCCUAAUGACUUGUUAUUUCUACGGAAGUUUGCGCGUACAGUAAUCCUGUUUGGAAGCGCAGCAGGCCAGAAUCCGGAUAUGUUCAGACACUAAUAUUUGGUCGAUACAAUAUAUAUUUAAGCCGGAAUAUGCAGCAGAGUGGAGUAUAAGGACAACGCUCUUUUAAAGCAACCACAUCUGGUCGCUCCUAUCUUUCGGGUCACGAGCACAGCUAUUUGGAAUUGGAGAUACAUGUGUAGUUCCUUAUUAAAAAACCGUUCAACAUUAUCACGUUUAAAAUAAGUACUUCUCGAGACUUGCAGUUCAACACAACGGAAAUCUUGAUGGCCGUCACUAUACACGCGGCUGAAGACUUGGGUGCCCUGUGCACACUCACUUCCAACCUUUUAAAGAGCAAUUUUUACAGGAACUCAUCUUGGGUGUGACUGAUAGAAAUUUUAAGUUUUACUCGGAAGAUAUGAAAUCAUGGUUUUCAGUUUCCUUGUGAACUUGACUCGUUGAAUAGGAAAAAAAUAUCUUUGAAGAAGGAAACGCUACAUAGAGCUUUGUGCGCGGCUUCAAGGUAAAGGAAGAUACAUGCCGACUAUUUAUGGCAGAUCACUAAUAGCGAAAUUAAAUGAAAGGCUUUUAAACACGGAAGUCAAAAGAUGAAAUUAACUUCGGUGAGCUUGUCGGAAAUCAAACCUGAUCACUGAUUUUAAUUCAUUUUCUCAUGGAGUGUUGUUUCCUGAGCAUCUAUCUGUGUUUUGCGCGCCGCAACUCGCGGUUCACAUGAUUGUCAUGGUCCAGUUAUAUUCCAGGCAGAUUUCACGAUACUUGCCGCAAAAAAUGGUUGUAGUAAAUAAAACACUAUAACAAAAAGGAACACCGACAUACUGCACUUCCUUAUUACCAAAUAACUGUAAAACCAAAUGAUCAUUCCACGGAAAUGGGUCAACUUGACUCUUGCGUACCGCAUCAAACUGACUUACGAAGUAUCCUUGGAUCAAACGGUGCUUAAAACAUAUUACACUCCUUCUCUGACCCGAAGCACUGAAGAGUUGACAUUCUCUAAAAACGUUAAUUGCCCGGGAAAAAUCUAAUUGACUACGUCUCAUUAAUUCCAUAACUUUAGUUACCCUCUAAUUUGAUGAUCUUGCUACAUGUCACGCCUUUUAUCCUAAACAAGAUUAGCCGAUAACUAAUGAAAUUAGAGGACCCCUGAGGUUAGGUAGACUAGAUUUGAGCGGGCGCCUGAUGGACUCGUGAUGUCUGCUCCGUUCCUCUUACGGUUGUCAUCGCUAUCGUGUGUAUUUCAAAAGAAGCAAGAGCCAAUUAAACUAAUACCGGAGGCGUUGAAAGCAAAAACGAAGAAAAGCGCUAAAGGGUGGCUGUAGUUUUGGUCUGGCGGCAAAAUUGUCUCUCUUAUAUCUCGUUCAUACUGUUCUAGUUUUAACCAGUUCUACAAGUGUUUUUUUUCUGAGAACCUUUUUUUUUUCGGUGGAAUUUAUCUGCUAUCCAAGGUUGUACUGCAUUUGUGAAAGUGGGCUGAACACGAACCAGAAUGUGCACAUUCCCUUCCAUAAAAUAUAAAAUCGUGUAAACAGUGGAAAACGCUGGUUUUUUUUUAAUGGGGUGUUUGGGCUUACAAUUCCCCUUAAUUCUCCUAUGUUCGUGUCAGUGGUUCGUUUUGCAGAAAAUAAAAGUACUAGGAAACAAGAUUAGGACUUAAUUUAGUCUAGGUUUCAAUCAAAGUUCAAUCGUUACAAGUUUCACAGCAAUCUAUAAUCUGCAAACCCAGAACUUUGAGGAAGGCAAAGUAUUAAAUUUAUUGCAUCUGAAUAUCUUGGACUGAACAUUCCCUUUGAAUUUGAUGUAAUCAUGAAUUAAACACAGGUCAGCUUGGUUCACCAAACAAUCCCUAAUGGUCCGAUCCCGGGCCAAGGAUUAGCAACUGGACCGCAGCGUUACUAAAUUACAACUGAUCACCAUCUGUUAUUUCUUCCCUUUAACAGGAAGCGCAUUCGGCCAUGUCAUGUUCCCUCGUCGUCCGUCGGAAUCAUUUGACUCGUCGUGCGCUUUUGCCUCGCUUCAGAGCAGCUGUCGGCAGCAGUCAUUCUGUUCCGAGAGGCCUGCUGCAUCAACACCACCAUCCUCAACACUGAACCUGGCUCCACAUCCAUACGUACACAGCCUUCCAAUGAACUCUCUAACAUCGCUGUCCACAACUAGUGCUCUCUCGCAUCCAAGUCAUCCAUCUCGGCCGCUCUUGCAUCCGGGUUACAUGGGACAUCCCAACGAGCAUACAAUUCAUCACACUCCUGCGCAUCUCACUGCGCAUGUGCAUUCCGCGUUAAAUGGCUAUCCAGAGAGUUUGAGAGCAGAGCGACCCGACUAUGGACUGGGAAGAGGUGAUUUCAGCAAACCGCUGACGAUAUCCACAACGUUUCAUUCUGGUUUCCCGGGGAACCCUCCACCUUAUCCGUAUCAUUAAAUAGAAUGUAUUCCAAAUAUGGUCAGGGUGGGUCUUCGCUACACGUGAGUGAUAGAAAAUUAGGUAAACCAUCUUAAAUUUAGCAUUUACACUGCGUUUUCCUCCAUUCUAUAAGUGGAAUCUUAUUUAUUUAUUUAACAGGGGCAGCUUUCCAGAUCAGAGCUGUC